AUGCCAAACAAUUACUGUGGGGGAGGGAUUGAGAAUUGGCAUUUGAGAGGAAAUGUUCGAAUUCCUCCUCUCCUUCCUACGCUCUUCGGAAACAAAAACAAUCAUAUUUAUUCAAAUACAUUCUUAGAUACAUUACCCAUUGCUCAAAUUGCAUGCGGAUCAAAUCAUUGUAUACUAUUAACGGAAAGAAAUGAAUUAUAUUAUCAAGCCUCACCAACAUUUUCCUGUGGACGAUUUUCAAACGUUAUGAAUAAUAAUCUUCAGACGAGUGCUGUGGUUGUUGAUCAACAGUCUCCAAUCGCUAAUGUUUUUUGUGAACGUCAGAAUGACACCAUCACUCACGAUGAUCGAGAUUUUAGAAAAUUGAAUUUCGGAAAAAAGAUACGAAUGGUGGCUGCUUCGAGUGAUCAAUUUUUUGUGAUUACAAAAGAUGAUGAAAUUUAUUACACCUUUGGAGGAAGAGAAAAUUUAUGGAAUGAACGAUCAUCGUCAAUAAUGCAAGUGUCAGCGACGAGUUUCGAUGGAUCAACGUCACAAUCAUCGAGUCCACAAUUUCAAUUAUUUAAGCCAUGGCAACAAGUUAGAGAACGAAUUGAAAAGUUUGUGGCGUCGAGUUUUACGAGCUGUUUUAUCAUUGUCUCGACUGAAGGUAAAAUUUAUGUGAGCGGAUCACAAAAUUCUUUCACUUCUGGAAUGCUAGGAAUCCCAAUAAGUGGAAACUCUGAACAUAAUAGCAGGAGAUUUCAAAGAGUGACACUUCCUGGCAAUGAAAGAAGCAAGAUCAAGAUUGUGGCCAUUGGAGGUCAACACACCAUUAUUGUGACUGAACGAAAUGAAUUUUACUGCUCAGGAAGUAAUAUCUAUUAUCAAUUAGGUUUUCAAAGCUCGAGUGGAAAGCAAACAAAUUUUGUAAAACCAAAAAACAUCCCAUUCAUUGGAAAGAGAAUUGAAUCAGUAUCUUGUGGCUACGACUUUACCUUUGUUCUAGUGGAGGGAAAUAUAUUAUAUGCAUGUGGAAAUUCAUCCAGUGGGUGUUUAGGUUUUGGCACUUUUGAAAGAAUCAACUUUUUCACAAGAAUCUCAUUCUCCUUUCCCAUUCGACAGGUCGUAUGUGGAGAAGAUUUUACCAUGAUUCAAACCAAUAAUGGAUUAUUCUAUAGAGCUGGAUCCAAUCGUCACUCUCAAUUAUUCCUUAAACAAGUCAUCACACGAAAUGGCAUUCGUUCAGAAGUUGACAAAAUCGCAACCUUUGAACCAUGUUACAUUGACGACAAUAUUGAUGGAAUUGUGUGUGGAAGUUCAUACUUUUUCAUGUACAAAAAAACAUUCUCACAUGUACAGACUUUAUUUCCUAACCUUGUAAAUAUUCUCAACUUUUCCUCAUCUCUCUCUCAGUUCAAUAAUGCCGGGUAUUCCCUUGUUCCAGCAUUUUGUGAUAUUUCAUUCAUCCAACACUGUUGUUGUUUUUGA